CGUCGUGAACUUUCGAGCAGACUUUGAGCUUCCCGCGCUUUGCUGGUCUUACGUUAGCAGUAUGUUCAAGCUGGUAGUUCUCACCGCCCUUGUGGCCAUAACUAGUGCUGCUCCUGGCGGCCUUACCGGCCACAUCUUGGACCAUGGCCUGGGCCCAAUCCACGCACCCAACGUUAUCUCGCAUUCACACCCACAUCACGUUUCUGUGAUCGCUCAGCCAGUCGCUCACCCUGCUCCAGCCAUCCACGCCGUUCACGCAGCCCCGAUUGUUCACGCAGCUCCAAUUGUCCAUGCAGCCCCGAUUGUCCAUGCUGCCCCUCUGAUUGCUCAUGCGGAGCCCAUUCAUGUAGUACCUCACCAUCAGCCACUCGCCCCCAAACCACACGUCGAGACCAUCCUGACCAAGACCGUUCUACCUGGCCACGACCACUAUGUACCUGUUAUUCAUCAUGGUCUCCAUCAUUAGACCCUCCGGGGUAAUCAAAAAGAGACAACUUCAAACAUCCACGUACGCAUUCACACACCCAUGUAUAAAAACACAAGCAGAACACAGCAUCUCUUCUGAUAUCUGACUACAUCGUUCAGCCGGAAUCGACAUCUUUCUGACCAUAUUUUGUGAAAAGAACAGAGCCUUUAUCACUCAUUUUCAUGUUUUUUAAUUUUUUUUUAUUUUGAAUUUUGUAUCAACAAAAAUUUUUUUUGGAGUUGAGAGAUUUUUUCUUUUACUUCUCGAUUAUGUUACCAUCCUCCUACCUUUCUUACCUGGUCAUAACGAUGCCCCAGAUCAUUGAACUCUCAAGAUUUAGUCUACUGAUUUCAAUCUCUUAUUAAUUAUUACCCAAUCAAUUGACAACUUCAACCCACCCUCUGAUUUUCCUUAGCUAUCUAUCUAGUAAAAGAAAUAAAAGAAAACAAUAUUUGA